AUGGCCCCAAGAAAGGUUGAGACUUCAACGACCAUCGGCAUCGAUCGACGGGAGUGGCUCUUCAUCCGCUACGGCAGCUUCUUCCGGGCGAUGUACACCAUGUUCGAGAUCACGUUCAGCGGCGGAUGGCCGAACCUCGUGCGACCUCUGGUGGACGAAGUCAGCAUUCUCUUCGUCAUUCCAACCUUGAUCUACGUCGUUGCCAUCGUCUUCGCUGCCCUACGGCUCAUUACGGCGCUCUUCGUUCGGUCGACGAUGCAAGUCCUGAACGAUGACGCUGCUGCGGCCAUCCUCGAGCGAAUGCAGCGGUCGGCUGAGUUGCAGGACAAGCUGCUGCAGGUCUUCAACGAUGCCGAUGCCGAUGGAGAUGGAUAUUUGACUCUCAAGGAGUUCGAACGGAUGUUGGAGCUUCCGGAGAUCAAGCACUACCUGAGCGUGCUGGACAUGGACGUUCGUGAUGCCCGGAUGCUCUUCCACCUCCUUGAUGACGGGGACGAUAUUCAUGGAGCUCUCUCCGUGCAGGAGUUUUGCGAAGGCAUCGCAAAAGUACGUGGCAACGCGAAAUCCGCCGACAUGGUCCUCCUGCUCCACGAGACCGGGAAGGUGCGCAAAGAGUGCCAGGCCACCCGGGUUUAG